ACACAUUCUGGCCAGUGGCUCGGUAGACCAAUCGGUCAUCCUAUGGGACAUGGAAGAUGGCACCCCGCACACCAUCAUCCGGGAUUUCGGCGAGAAAGUUCAAACACUGGCAUUCCACCCAACCAAGGCGGAAGCUCUGUUAGCCGGAAGCUGCGACGGCUUGGUCAAAGUGUUCGACUGCCGCGCCACAAACAACGACACCGCCAGCUACAAAUCGUGGAGUCUGGGCGGAGAGGUGGAACGAGUUUGCUGGAGUCAUCACAAUGAGUACCACUUUGUGGCCAGCACCAACGAGGGCCGAAUCCAUUACGUGGACAUCCGGCAGGAGCACCCCCUAUGGUCCAAGGAAAUCCACGAGAAGGAAAUCACCGGACUGGUGUUGAGCUCGAAGGUGAAAGGAAUGCUUGCGACGGCUUCGUCCGACGGGACGCUCAAGGUUUGGGACUACGACGAUCAGGAUGCACGGUUGACGUACAAGAAGAAUCCGAAAAUUGGGGUGAUUCAAUGUUUGGACGAGUGUCCGGAGAAUCCGUUUGUGAUGGCGAUGGGAGGUGAUCUGAAGACGAAGAAUUUCACCGUCGUGAAUCUGUUGGAUAAUGAUAUUGUUACAAACGUGUUCAAAUCUCGAUUUGAUCCAAACUACGUGCAACCGACGACCGAGGGAGGACUUCCAAUUGAAGGCGUAGGGGAGGAUGCCUCCAUGAGUGAAGGUGACGAUGAGGAAGAUGUUUAGGUUAAGGUUACUGUUGGUGUGGUAUUGUAAAGUAGUUACCACAUGUUUGGCAAAUAUAUAUUAAACGCUUAUAAACUUUGAACAA